CGCCUGACUCGACGAGUGGAGGGGCCUUCAGCAGCACGUGCAUACUGCAUUAUAGUCUGCUGCUGCUGCUACUGCGACUGCACCAGCUCUAGGCGUGCGCGCGCAGCUCGUGGCACUGUCUCUCCGCUGUCUCUGGGCUUCCGCGUGUGUUACAGCACGGGGCUUAGCUGCAGCCAGUUCUAUCCGAUGGCUGAUGCCUUAGCUUGCUGUGUUUUUCCUACUUCGCUGCUGCUGUUUGACAUAUUGGUACUUGCAUUUGUCAUUCUCUAAGCCUCGUGGUCUUUUUAAAUGUUCACCAAUUCAGUGACAGAUUGUUCCGAGUGUGAUUUGAAAAAAAUCUUUUUGUCUGGCAUAAGGUAUAUGGAUUGAUCGCCAUGGACGUCCCAUCAGGGAUGCACUGCUUGGGAGCCGGCGUCGGCGGCCAGUCGAGCCCAAAGUCGAGCUCGGGAGCGGCCGGGAGUCUGCUGAACGUCGUCAGAGCCCUCGGGGUGCUCGUGAGCGAAGGUCGCAUCCAGGGCGGGCCCCGCGGCUACAAGGAGGGACCGCACUGCGUGGCGCCUCUCCAGGCCGCGCCCAACAACCACGUCUGCAAGAAGGACAAUUACCUGUGCGACCGCUACCUGGUGCUGGUGCGCGAGAUCAGCGAGCGACUCGAGUGCGGCACGUACCUCUGCGUCGAGGUGGUCCUCUGCAGCGACUGCCCCUGCGGACUGAUUAAGUCGAAGAACGAGCAUCGCGUCCUGUCGAGCUCGAGCCUGGCGGCGCCCUGGCAGCAGUCGUCGGAGAUGCUGCUCGAGUACUGGUGCAUCUGCGUAGUCGCCAGCAAGAACCAGGAGACGAUGAACUCGCAGGGCUUGUACCAGGCAGUCCGCUCGAGGCUGCACUUCAGUCAAGUGGCCGCCUGGUGGUCGCGGACCAAGGGCCUGAAUCCGAGCUACGUGGCCACUCGAAUCGUCCAGCAGCCGAUCAACGGCGAGGACCACCUGAGGCGCUUCCGCGAGACGCCCGUUGAGCACACCUUCCCGCUGGCCGGUGUAGGCGAUGGCAACUCCCUCAAGGUUACCAUGUGGGCUCUGCCGCGGAUGGACGAGACCCCGGUGCUCAAGUGUCCGGCGCAUCCGGAACUCACGGCGACGUCUCAGGCCACGAGCGCUCAGCAGACGAGCACGAGCGAGCUGCAGGCCGAGGGCAUGGAGAGCGGCGGCGCCACUCAGACUCAGAGCAGCUGUCCCCGGGCCGCGACACCCACCAAACUGCUCAUACCGACGGACGAGGACGGCUGCAACGGCGAGAACAGCGCCGCGUCUCCCGGCGAGCCCGGCGGAGUCAUCGACGGCCUCCUCGUGGCGGAGCCCGGGCCGGCCUCGAGCGCCACCUCGAGCGAGCCUGGCCAGCAGCACUUGGGUAACGGCAUGUCGAGCAGCGCCCCCAACAACUCGCUGGCCGGCGGCGGCGGCGACGCCAAGUUCGUCUACUACAUGAGCUCGUUCCGCUCGACGGCUCAGCUGAACGAGUGCAACCAGCCGGGAAAGCACAACUGCCCCUGUGCCGUGGCCACCGCCGAGGAGGACGACGAGACGACGAGCAGCGCACCGCCGAGGGUCGAGCGCAAACGACGCCGCUCCUUGCCCUGCGGCCCGCCACCGGCCAGCUCCUCCUCGGCCAGCUACAGCGCGCCCCCUCCCUCCUUGAACAACAGCCCGCCCGAGCGGACGAGCUUGGAGCAGCACCUGCCGGCCUUGCGGGAAGCCAAUCCCGACCAGAGUCUCGGUCCCGCUGCACUCGACAGCCUCGACAGCCUGGACAAUCUCGAGAGCAGCUUUCGUAUUCAGCUGAGUAUCGACGAGCACCAGCAGAAACAGCAGCAGCAGCAAUGCAGCGCCAAGCACCUGGAGAAGCGACUCAAACGCUCGUACUCGGAGGAGCAUGCGCCAGCCAGCUCGGUGGCCACGAGCUCCCAUGCUCCCUGCUGUCCGGAGCCCAAAGUGCCUUCUUCCACUCGAUCUCCGACAGCCGACAAAGGCGCUACUCGCGUGACCAAUCUGCGCCUCAAUCCGCUCUUGCAUCCCGAAGCUGCCGACGCCUGCCAGAAGCAAUCGGCUGGCAUUCUCGACUGGAUCAGCAGUCGGGUGCCCCGGAAUUCCGGCAGUUCCAAGCAGACCAGCAUCGUCGGCCGCUGCGAAUCUAGCUCCGCUUCGGGAAGGCGCAACUGCAAUCUCGACCUCAGUCCCAGGGAGUUCGACGAGGUGCUGGCCGUUUUGCGGGCGCGCACGCCUCUCGGCCGACGACGCACUGGAUUGCGCACGGCCAAGCGCCGAGACAAGUACGACCGACUCGUCAACGAACAGACUCACUCGUCUCAACCUCAGUCUCCGACGGCUACGCAGCGCCAGCAAACGCUUCAGCCACCGCCGCAGCAGCAGCAGUCCUGCAACAAAGCCGAGGUAUUGCUCGGGGCCAUUCUACGAUCGAGCAGCAAAGAGACCGUCGAGCCGAUCGAUCCUAGCCAAUCGAGCGUCAGCGAUGUCUCGACGGUCAUCAACAAGCGCUUCUUUCAACUGAAACAUCUGUUUACGCGCAACGAGCAGCAGCAGCAGCAGCUACCGCAACAUUCGCAACUUGCGGCUUGCGAGCAUAGGGCGAAACGUCGCAUCGAUUUUUCCGAUAGUACCGAAGACGAAGAGGACGAAGACGAGCGAAACAACGAAGCCGCCCAAGAAAAGCCUCCGGAAGAACAAGAUUCAAAGAGCAAGGCCAAGCUGAAAGCAGAGCUGCCUCUGGUAUCGGUCAGUCUGGACGUAGAUAACGCGAACGCGACUUUCGAAGACGAGGUCGACAAAGGCAGUGUGCCAUCGAUGAAAGAUCAGGAGCGCUUUCGGCGCUCGCUCGAAAAUGCCGCCUCGAUGGUUUUCCACAGUAGGACCGGACUACCGCUCACCUCUAGUCCCGCACCUUUGCGCCGUGGAAGUUGCUGUUUCGACUUCGACAGCAGCCUCAAUAGCGUCUCCUCAAAACGAAGCGCACUUUUUGAGCUGAACACACCUCCGAGCCCAGGCGCAGUGUCGCUCGAAGACAACGACAAAGAAGUCGAAAAUAUCUGUGAUAUAAGUGGCGAGGUUCGCCGAGGACGAUCGGCCUCCGGCACUCGACCCCAGAGCCAUGCCCUCUUGGGUAGUUUCGAAGAAUCAGCGCUCAACGGCAGGCUCGAGCCAGUUUCAACGGUUCACGGUUUCACUGCUGAAAUUGGCGCGAGUGGCUCGUUUUGCCCGAAACAUCGAAAACUACCGGUCACUGUAUUUUUUUAUACUCUCGGAGAUAUUGAAAAAGUGUCGUCUCCAUACUUGGCUCACAUAAAUCUGGGCAAGAAAGGAUACCAGGUACCUAGAAGUGGAACAAUUCAAGUGACCCUAUCGAAUCCGUUGGGAACCGUCGUCAAGAUGUUCGUAGUACUGUACGACCUCUCGGACAUGCCACCACGAUCUCACACCUUUUUGCGGCAGCGAACAUUACGCGAUAAAACGUUACGUUACCUUAUUCAUCUUAGAUUUAUGUCUGGAAAGUCUGGACGUAUUUACUUGCACACUGAUGUCAGGAUGAUCAUCUGUCGUAAAUCAGACGUCGAUACCGCUUCGGACUUCGGAUCUGAACCACCGAAAGAAUUGCGCAGCUACAUUCACGGACCGACUAAUCCAAAAUUUUCGCCAAGGUGCUGAGCCUUGUGGCUCUUCCCGUGGAGUUGCUGCCAGCCACCGAAAAUCUCUGAACCUCAGCCCGUCUACGUGUGAAAAUAUAUUUUCUCCCUGACUUUCCUGGACGCUUCUGCAGUCUUUCAUUAAGCCAUACAAUAAUAAGGCUUAUAAAGAGAUAAUCAUGUACCGAGAGUAAUUCAAAUGACUGGACUAGGUACGGUGGCGUUUGGCACCCCGUUAGGGAACAAUUAAAACAAAACAAAAAUCAUCGAAACCCAAGGUAUUUUGUCAAUCAAUUUUUGUAGUCUUUCGUUAUUUUUUCAAUUCAUACCGAACAGUUCUAAUUUGUUCAAUCGACGCCUUGCUAUUUUUUCAAAACUUAACUUAUGAUUUUAUAGAUUCUCUGCGUUCUGUAUAACUACAUUAACGUAUACCAUUUGAUUUACAAAUGAAUAGAAAAAAUGUGCUGUGUAAAAUGAUGCUGUGCAACUUGAGUCUUGAAAAAUAAGGUGUCUUGUACGUUCUUACGGCAAUUUUUUGAUUAUUUUUGGUUGACUUCAGAAGUGUCUUGAACAAUGUGCUCGUGAUUUUUCCAGAAGUUAAUGAGUAAUGCAUUUUCUCAUUAAUCUGUACAUAGAAAUUGUUAAAACUAUCGAAAUCAUCCGGAAAAUAUUUUGCGUGGGAUGAUACUGCCAUGUACGUAGCUCCCUGCUAUAUUUAUGACGAUGAAAUAAUAAACAAAAGUGAUACUAGAAAGAAAAAACGAUAUUUAUUAAGUAUUCGAGGGCUUACGAAGUAUGACAUUCUUGCAAUAACAGUAGCGAGGACAAUAGAACUAUUCAGUACUAAAUCAAAUUCGAACUACAGGAAUGCCAAUAUUUUGGACGAUAAAAAUCGGUUCAUAUGAACUUCUACAAAGAAGUAAAAAAUAUUUACAUGUAUAAAAUGAACACAUUUUUGUGUCCAUAGCACUGUGAUGAUUAUACUACAUAUAAAAAAUAUAUAAAUAUAUAAAUAGAAAUGAAAUAUCUGUUAAAGAGUAACUAUUUGAGUAGAAUAUAAAUAAAAUUUAGGAUAAUUACCAAUAUUUACUCAAUCGAAACGAGAACAAAAUGCAACUAUGGUUACAAUAUAUAAAAAAUCACUCGUAUUUGUUGAAUGGUGAUACUAUUCACCUCAAGUCUUUAUUUUCAUAAUUCGAGAUGCUUAUUUUUUGUAGAAAACCAAAUCCAUAUCUAGAUGUGAAACAAAAAGAAAAACGUUCAUAUAAGUACGUAAUCAAAAGCUGCUUAUAAAUAAUUUUUUGAAUUUUGCGAAUAAAAACGUUCCUGUUUUUAUAUAAUAUUUUUAGAACUCAAUAUUUUUCUGUAAACUUGUGAAUUAUAUAGCUGCUUUUUGUAGUAAACGCAAGUUGAAAAUUAAUUUUUUGUACCAAGUACAAUUCAUGAAAAACAUAUGAUUUUUAAAUAACUAAGAGCGCAAUUAAGGAUACUGAAAUCUCAUCAAUUACCUUCACACUGUACGUGUUCAAUAUUUAUCUUAAUUGAAAAAUGUUUGUGGUCAAUUCCAUUCAAUAUUAAUUUUAUUUUUCUUGAUAGAAAGUGCGAACGUAUCUGUGUUCAAUAAAUAAUUCAAUUUUAAGUUUAUUUUAUUAAAUCAUGGUAUUAAAAAUAAAUUUGCUUAAUCUGUUUAUGCCAAAAUGUUAUGCUUAUGUAAAUAAAUUUUAAAAUAUGUAACGUGUAAUGGCAAUAUCGUAAAUGAAAUUAGUCGAAAAUUAAAUUGAAUCUCAUCAUUGGUCAAUGAGCAUAAAAUUUUAAAAUGAUCUAUUAUUGAAUACGAAACCGAACAAAAUUAAUUUGAAAUUUCUCAAAACAAUAAAUAAGUUGAUCACUGCCAUCGGGUAUGUUUUAUUUUUAUCCAAAUGAAUUAUUUAUUUUAAUACUUCUUUUGUUUUAUUUUGAAAAUUGUAUAUUCUCAUGGUGAGCAUACAAAACCAAAUGUUUAUUUAAAAAAUCUUUUAUUGAAUGUAUAUUUUAUAUGCUGAUUGUAAAAAUCAUUAUGCUUUAUUAUAUGAUUAUAAUUUCAACAUCUUUGUUAGUCAAUUUCAUUUGAAUUAAAAGCCUAUUUGUAAGUUGAUAAGUAUAUUGUUUGAUAAAUUAUUUGUUAUAAAAUAUUUUUAUUACUUUGAGCGCAAAUAGUGUUACAGAUGAAAAUGUAUAAAAAUAUUGUUUGAUGCAAUAAAAAUAAAUUAAUGAAUACUACAAA